AUGAGGAGUUCAUACUCAGGGCUCUUUGCCCGGCGAUCAUGGACCUGUAUUCAAUGCAGAAAAUGCUCCUCCUCGGCGGGCGCAAAUGUUCGCAAACAAAAGACCAAGCUCCCCGACGCCCCUGCGCGCACGCGUUUUGCGCCCUCACCGACUGGAUACCUCCAUCUGGGGUCUCUACGGACGGCAUUAUUCAACUACCUGCUUGCUAAAAGAACUGGAGGCCAGUUUCUGCUCCGCAUUGAAGAUACCGAUCAGAAACGAACGAUUCCGGAUGCCGAGCAGCGACUCUAUGAUGAUUUGCAAUGGGCAGGACUGCAAUGGGAUGAAGGCCCUGUUGUUGGCGGGCCAUACGGACCUUACAGACAAUCCGAUAGAAAUGCUAUCUACCGAUCCCACGCCGACGACUUGAUCUCGAACGGUCAUGCUUACCGUUGUUUCUGCUCAUCCGACCGUCUCGACUCCUUCGCGCGCCAUCGAAGUCAAGCGGGUUUGCCUCCGGGAUACGAUAGGAAAUGCGCUGGGAUCUCCUCGGAAGAGUCCGAGGACCGAGCAUCGAAGGGCGAGGCCCACGUUGUUCGGCUGAAGGUGGAAGGAUACCCCAUGUUCAAUGAUUUGGUUUACGGCAAGACCGGCCAAAAUAAGCCCAACAACAGCAAACUGGACUUCAUCGACCGAGUCUAUGAUGAUCCAAUUUUGGUAAAAUCUGAUGGGCAUCCUACAUAUCAUCUGGCAAAUGUGGUGGAUGACCAUUGUAUGAAGAUCACCCAUGUUAUCCGGGGAACAGAAUGGAUGCCCUCAACACCGAUGCAUAUGGCCUUGUACAAUGCGUUCAAGUGGACACCACCACAGUUUGGCCAUGUUCCUCUGCUGGUCGACAAGAAUGGGCAGAAAUUAAGCAAGCGAAACGCCGACAUCGACUUGUCAUCGUUCAAGGACAAGCAGGGAAUUUUCCCUGCCACGCUAGUCAACUUCGCUGCACUUCUGGGCUGGUCUCAUUCCCAGAAAUCCGAUGUGUUCAAUUUAGAAGAGCUCGAGCAGAUUUUCAACCUCAAGAUCACUCGUGGCAACACUGUUGUCGCCUUCGAGAAACUCUGGUUCCUCCAGAAAGCCCAUGCACAGCGCUUCGCAGCUAAUAGUGGCCCACAAUUUGAUGAGAUGGUCAACAGGACUUGCGCUAUCGUGAAAGAAACUCACCCAGAAGAGAAACUAGUCGCAAUUCUCCAAGGCCGCACUCUCUCGGAUUAUAUAACCCCACUCCUGCGCGCAGACGCCAAAUCCUAUACAACUGCCGAAGAAUUUCUUGAGCGCAACUCUACUUUCUUCACUACCCACCUCGACCGCGUCCCAUAUACAUUCACCAAUUCCACUUCCCCUGAGCUCCCGACGGUACCUAUGCAAGCGCUGCACACCGCAGCCGCCGCAUUGACCCUCGUUCCCCCAGCCCACUGGGCCGUUGAGACGCACCGUUUUAACAUCACUUCUUAUGACGGCUCCGACUCGGUCACUCUUCCCGAGGAAAGGAGUAGUACGCCUAUCGCCACUGACAAGGUGUUUAAGAAAGAGCUGUAUCACUACCUCCGCUGGGCGCUGUCUGCGUCUGCCCCUGGGCCCGGAAUCCCUGAAACGAUGGAGAUUCUGGGGCGCGAGGAGACACUGCGCCGGAUCCAGGAUGCGAAGAAACUGACGCAGUCUCUUGUGCCGCAGGUGGGACGACGGGUUCCCAAGACUUCUGCGGAGAAGCAGAUGGAGGAGGAUCGGAGUUGGAUGGGGUCUUUGGCUCCUAGGAAAUGA